UUUGGUACAAAAAUUAUUUGUGACAAAAAAUAAACAUGAGAAAAUGUCGCGGAAAUCACAAUGAAAAAUGCGAAAAUUUGUAACGCUCAACUGUCUUGUUGAUUAUAAUGAUUCGUUAGUACACCGGAGCGAUGUGAUCCAAAACCUGAGGCAGACGUUGCUUGCUCCUGCGGUAUAUAGGCCUAACAUUCAGCAAGCGCUCCAAACCGCCAACUUUAAAUUCCAUCGGACUUGUAGUUACGCAAGCAUCUUACAGGAUUGUGAUGUAGGCGAAAGUCAGACGCUGUUGAUGUUCUGGGGCUACGAGCGCUCUGAAAGCAGGGUUACAUUUAGCAUGUCAGCAUCGAGUUGCUCCUCUACACACAAUAUGCCUUCUCCUCAGAACACAAGUCUGCGCGAGCGCGAGCUACGUUCCAUCGCCCAACAAACCGACAUCAGCUGCCGUCUUACACCUGGAGUUGCUUCUCCAGUGAGCUUGCCAGAGGGCGAAGAGACGCGGGUAGUGCGCGCACGGCUUGCGGAUUCUCUCACCUUCUCGUCACCAGCGUCGUCCGUAUUGCAGCCACCACGCUCGAUGUCUAUCCUCGGCUCUGUCUGUGCACUCUUGCUCAGCAAACAGGGUUCGUCUAUCGCGCCGAAAGAGGUCCCGAGUUACACGGGUACAGGCGCGGGCAGCCCGCGAGCCGACAACAUCUGCCGCAUCUGCUUCGGCGGCGAGUCUGCGGAGCGGCUGGUGCGGCCGUGCAGCUGCCGCGGGACCAUCGCCGCUGUGCACCGCUCCUGCCUCGAGCGCUGGCUGCUGCAAGCCGCCACAUCUUACUGCGAGCUGUGUAGACACCACUACAUCGUAACCAGGAGCCACAAAUGGUCGUGGCUGAUGUCGCUGUGCGCGUGGGCGAUGUCUGGGCGCGGGCGCGCGCUGGCGGCGGACGCGUGGCGCGGGGCGGCGCUGGGCGCGUGCUCGGUGCUGGGCACGGCGCGGGCGCUGCACGCCUGCGACGUGGUGCUGCAGGCCGGCGCCCGGCGCGGCGGCGGCGCGGCCCUCGCCGCUAACCUCUUCUCCUCGCUGCUCAUCGGUAUCAUCGGCGCGCUGAACGGGCUGCUGACGACGUGGAUGCUGCUGAAGAUCCAGGAGCACCAGCUGUCGUGGCAGGCGUGGCGCGACAGCACGCUGCACGUGCGCGUCACGCUGGACGAGGACGCGCGCGAGCUCUCGCCGCGCGCCUCGGACGUCACUGUCGUCGCUGGUGCGACCACUGACGGACAUACCCGCACUGCUGACCGCAGCACCAACGUGGCGGACCCCUUCAUGGUCGCCCUGCCCUACACCCUGCCUGACAUCUGACUUGGACACGACCACUGCCGCACUAGUAUAUAUCGAAGCUGACACACAAAUGCGAACAAAAUUGCAACGAGUUGCGGAGUGCUACCAGUAUCGAAUAGAGCUGUUGUAGAAAUUGUCACGUUAUAAAUAUUGGAAGUGGCGACGGAGGCAUGGUGUCGCUGAUGUUUCUGAUGUUCACGACACUCACGGCCGUCAUCUGUCUCACUCUCGCCGCCUCUCUCUUCGUACGACGUUACACUAUCGAGUGUUCGGAACCUAACUCUAUAUAGCAUCUCUAUCAUUAUAAAAUGACGCUUUUGAAAUAAAUUACCACCUUGUUAAUAA